AUGCCUUCCGCCAAGUUCAUCUCCCUCCUCGCCCUCUCCCUCAUCACCGCGCCUCUCGCCAAUGCCUACCCCAUCACCGGCGACGUCGUGAACUGUCGCUCCGGUCCUGGUACCAGCUACGACGUAGUCAAGUCCUACAAACUGGGCUCCGACGUCUCAAUUACGUGCCAAGCAUCCGGCACAGACGUCAAGGGCGACUCAGUCUGGGACAAGACUUCCGACGGCUGCUACGUCGCCGAUUACUACGUGAAGACCGGCAGCAGCAGCUACGUUACCACGAAGUGCGGCAAUGGCGGUGGUGAUGGCGGUAGCUCGGGUGGAAAUCUGCCCGGCCUCACCUCGACCCAGUCGAAGCAUGCGAAGGAUAUCAUUGCCGAGGCGAAGAGUGAGGAUCUUGGGCGUCAGGGAUGCACGGCUGGUAUUGCGACUGCGAUUGUCGAGUCAAAUAUCCUCAUCUACGCGAAUAGCGGCGUCCCCGAGUCCCUGAAAUACCCGCACGACGCGGUAGGCUCGGACCACGAUAGCGUCGGUAUCUUCCAGCAGCGCGCGAUGUUCUAUAAGGACAUUGCGGCUGAUAUGGAUGCGGGUAAGUCUGCUGGGCAAUUCUUCAAGAAAAUGAAGGGUAUCAGUGGGUGGAAGAGUAUGGAUGUUGGGACUUUGUGCCAGAAGGUUCAGGGUUCUGCUUAUCCUUCUCGGUACGCUAAGCAGGUAUCGAAGGCUGAGAAGAUUUGUAAGGCUGGUGGGCUUUGA